AUGGCAAACAAGUUUGGAUUAGGGUCUUUACCUCUAGAAUCUAAAAAUCCCAUGACGACGUUUAUAAACAAAGCGAAACCUUUUUUCGUGGAUCAAAUCGGAGACACCUUACAAGGGGAUAUCGAUAUGAACAAUUUCAAAAUAACUAAAUUAAAGUUUCCAGGAAACGAUAAUGAUGCCGUGAACAAGAAAUAUUUACCGGAUCAAAUAAACGCAAUUCAAAUAGAUAAGGACCAUGUUGAAAAUAGAAUAACUGACGUGAAAAGAUUCAUCAGACGAAAUAUUAAAAAUCUUGUGGACGAACCCAAACUACAACAAGAGUUAACGAGUUUGAAACGUCUUUUUCAAGUGGAUAAAACAAGUGAGUUGAUAUCUAAAUUAGACGAUAAGAUUACGAAGGUAAAAAUAGACGUCCAACGUUUAAUAGACAACCCAAAUGUAAACGAGGAUAGAUUGAAACGAAAACUAACCGCUUUGGAAAGAAAACUUGGCGAAUUGCUAGCAGAACUAGACAAGACCGCGGACAAAACCGAGUUACAAAAUUCGAUAUCCAAUUUGAACGAAAAGAUCGCGAAGCAAAAAUCAGAUGUUCAAGAUAUAAUUAACACAAUUCCCAUUGACAAAGAUACGUUGAAACGACAAUUGACUGCUUUGGAUACUAAAAUCACGGACGAAUUAGAAAAAGAAGUGGGUGUGAUUAAAAACUUUCUUCAAAAUAAAUUUCGAGAUGAUAUGAAAAAUUAUAUUAAAGAACAGGUCAAUCUUUUGGUAUCUAGAAUUCAUGACGAUUUUUUGAGACAAGAGAGAAAGUUGAGCAAAUUAGAAGCUAUUGUCACGGACAAAUCGUAUUAUUUCAAUCUACCAUUCGAAAGUGACACUGUCUUCGAUAGAAAAGACCAAAUUUAUAAAUCAAACAAAUACGGAUUCAAAGCAGAAAUAAAACCGCCAUGUUUAUUAGGCCUACAACGGAAAUAA